CAUUCAAGCUUGUGUCCGGCCUAGCGAAAUAGUAUCAACAAUGAUGGCGGUCACACUGCUGAUUGUGUCGCUUAUUUUGAGUGUAAAAUACGAACAAAUACGAGCACAAACUGAAUAUAUUCCGUAUGAGAUACCCGCUAGUUGUAAUACAACUCAGUUUUUCGAUAAAUUAGAUUUGAAAUGUAAACUCUGUCCACAGAACACAACAGUCAGUUCGGACCAAUUAAACUGUGAGUGCAAAGAUGGAUACAAAUAUAUAACAAACUUUGGAGGAGAGAAUGUACAAUGUGAAAAAUGUCCACCUAAUCAGGCAAGAUCCCAGGAUGGCUGGAGGUGUGUCAGUUGUCCAACAGAUGCUGUGUUUGAUUCAUCUACUUCAAGGUGUAAUGCCUGUCCUGACCUGCCAGUGGAGCGUGAAAUCAACGGUGCAAUUGUCGCAGCUGGGCACGUUUGCAGGACAUGUACCGACUUGACCUUCCGUGUUGGCAACAGAUGUGAGCGUUGUACAGCCUACCUGUCACUUGACUCCACUCUGACAGAUUGUCAGUGUCCCAUAGCUAAUCAGAAAGGAGGGCUGUGCUUUGCCUCCACUGCCACUCCUGAUUUCAAUGUACCCCUAUCAAGUGGUGAUGUGGCAUCAAUGUACUUGACUGACAACUUGGAGGCCGCCUACACUAUGUGUCGGAUAAGACAGAAUUCGACAGCGUGCAUCAUCCUGAGUAACCUGUGUGUACUCACCUGGUACGAGUUUGACGGUACCAAUGCCAAUCGAGCGUGUAACAUGUACAAGGAGAUCGAGGCUGCCACGCCUGAGAGUUUGCCCAUGCUGUACUAUGAGGAAGGGAACGGAGACAGAAUACUGGAGGACACCUCACAGACGACUGUCUACACAUUCAACCCUGUGUCCUACCUCAACUUCCAGGUGGCUCGCUACAGUAUCGAUGGCAAGUUCCUUGGCAUAUCACCCGUCACCAAUGGUCUUCUACAGCUGUGUACAGACACAACGAAAAAACUGGACGCAGCCUACACCUUCGGAACUUAUUACUCACAGUCGUGUUCUAUUCCGGCGAUUGACCUGUGGGACCAGACUAAGUACCCGAUGGAGUUCUACGACAUGUAUCUUAAAUUCACCAAGACUGGCGCCGAACAGAUGUAUAAAACUCCGCUGAGGAUAUUGAACUACGUCAGCAGUGGUAGCACCGUCAACACAGGAUCCGACGCUCAGGACUGGCAGCUGGUGAGGCGAUUCUUCAUGGUGGACAACGUGGCUUCAGGACCAGUGUCUCCACCCGAGUAUGUGCGGUAUGUGAAGAGUAUUGAGAUAAUCGUCCGACUGACUGAGACCGGGGACGGCACUAUAUACCCGCCGUAUUUCAACAUCGAGUACGAUCAGGUGUCUCUGACGAGUGCCAACGAAGGCGCUACUAUUUCUCCAACCUUCACGGUCACAUACUGGAUGUCGCAGAUCAAGUUCCGACGAGACUUCCAGAUCGCGACAGGAACCCUUUCCACUCUUGGUAUACUGUAUGCUGGGUACAGGGCCUGGGUGUGGUCCAAACGUGCGGGCAAACUGGCAAUCGACUUUGGAACAAUCCUCAAUUUUAUGUUCUUUGCAGCAGGCUCCCUUGCGAAUGUCUUCUUCGUUAUCUCCUUUGGUAUUGCAUUUUACUUCCUCAUCUUCUUCAAGGACCAGGAUGUGUUGUUCCUGUUCCACCUCCGUGACUUGGCCGAGGAGGAAUGGCUGGCGUUGUUUGGGGCGGCAUUCACACUCAAAGCCCUUCAGAUAAUUCAUUUGAUCGUCAUCCAAUGCACGGCUGACGUCUUCUUCAUUGACUGGGAGCGGCCCAGAGGUGGGGGACAGGUUACCGACUCCAAGAAACCCACCGGCACGGUGUCAAUAUGGCGCACCUACUUCAUCGCCAAUGAGUGGAACGAAAUUCAGACAACAAGGAAGGUCAACCACAUCUUUCAGAUUUUUGCGGUGGUGUUUUUCCUGUAUGUUGUGGGAUUUGAAAAUGUGGCUACAAAAGAUCCUGAUGGCAGCGUGAUCAAGGACUCCUCCGAGUACAUGGCCGAUAUGAGUACGAUGUUCAGGUACGGCAUCGCAGGUGCUGUCUAUCUCAUCGUAGGCGUGGUCCAGUGGAUAUUCUUUACCUUUAUCUACGAGCGGUUUGUGGAGGACUCGAUUCGUCAGUUUGUGGAUCUGUGUUCGAUGAGUAACAUCAGUGUGUUUGUUAUGGCCCACGCCCAGUUCGGAUACUACAUCCACGGGCGAUCCGUCCACGGCCGUGCCGACACCAACAUGAAGGAGAUGUUUGAGAUGAUGAAGAGGGAGGAGGAAGACUUGUGUGGACAGAGAGGUCUGGUGCCCAACACAGACAACCAGACGUUCAUGAUGUCAUUGCCACGUAAACUCCGCCUUAAGUACGAACAGGUCAUGCUACCUGUGGCGUUAGAGAAUGCUGGUGCUGUGGGAGCGCCCAAAGGAAAGAGUUCUGCCACUGGUAAACAGGUGGAAGCUUAUUCAGUGAUCAACAGGUUCCUGUCGGCGUUUAUCGAUCACUCGCUGAAGGACCUGGACUAUGUGGUAAAGGAUAAGACGUUACUGGAGAGCAUUAUGGACACAGAGUUCUUCGACGCCUCAGAGAAAGGCAUUUUCUAUAAUGAUGACGGCCAUUCCUUUGACAAUUGUCUGUUCUACGGUAAUGAAGGCACCCUGCUGCUCUUUGAUACCCUACUGUUCUGUAUCAUCGAUCUCAUCGCUACCAACUUCGUCCUCGCUGGUGUCAUCACAUACAUCAUCAUGGAGAUCAUCGCCAUCAUAAGACGCAGUGGAGGGGAAAAGAACUUGGCAAAGAAAACCCUGGUGGAUGAGAGGUUCCUCAUAUAAACCAAUCAGAAGCUUUGUACUAUCUUGUGUCCAGACUUGCCCUUCCAGUGAGACCAAUCAUAAUCCCUGUACUAUCUGGAGAUAUACAAGUUUCGAGAUUCCCCAGCUAUUGUGUAAUGGACUGUGGACCAAGUUUUCAGGCAGAUAAAAUUAGCUGGUCAUUUAUCAAAGGUUUCUAUACCAGUCUUAAUGUUUUCUGGGAUUUAACCUUCGGCGACCAUUGACCUGCUUGUGUGCCAUUGCUGUCGUAUGGUCUGGAUGGUCACCCUACAUAAAUGCAAGGCUCCCAAGUAUUGUAGUCUUGUAAGAAGCAGUAAUUCAAACUACAGCAUUUUGAAAUGUGACGAGUGCUAGAUCGUAGAUAUUAGUUGUCCCCCCUGAAACUUAAUAAUGCUAUAGUUACAAUAUAUUCUUUUUGCAAGAAUUUGUCUGUGUUUAUGUGCACAGCACAUUUUCUUUUUCAUUAUAUUUAAUCCUUACAUAAUUGAUGUACCAGUGAAAAAUGGUAACAAUGAAAAAAGGAAAAUGAAAUAGGUACUAUUUAUCAAUGUUGACUUUGACCUGGUGUUUUUGAAUGACAUACUUAACAUGAGUAAAUAUUCAUGUACAAGGGGAAGUUUCUAAAAAUUCUUACUUGUAGUGAUAUAGAAUAAAAGUGGACCAAGUGAUGAACCUUGGUGAAAACCUGAACAUUUAUUUUCAAGGUCACAAGUGAAAUGUGGUAAAUGACCUUCAAACAAGUUCUCCUAUGGAACAAUGAGAUUUGUCGUAUAGCUUGUGAUGUUGGAGCGUUAUUGUAGUCUAAAGAAUGGCUUUGAUCCACUCUCAAGGUCAUAGGAAGUGAAUAUGUUUCCUUUAGGACCUGGACUAAGUGGUGAAGGACAGAAACGUGAUGUAUUUAAAGUAAUUUGAUAGUGAAUGGAUGUGAAAGAGGGAGUGGUAAGGUGUAAUAUAUGGCUGAGUGAGCUCGAGUUUAAUUGUAAAAACAUGUCCAACUUGUUACAUUCCAUUCUCUGGGUCCAAAUAGAACUGUCCACCCGCUAACAGAAACUCGCAGGACUGAUUCAGACAGGAGGGCCAUGAAACUGUCUAGUUGAAUGUUAUCAUAACGUGCGGGCAGUCACCCAUCCAACUACUGACCACGUGAGCGGGUCCCCGGGUUAUACCGCAUCACUGUAAAAGCUAGCUUGCCAGUAAGGCAGUAUUUUCCCCUCAUAUACCUUAGCUGUGACCCUAUCUAAUUUUUCAAUGCUAUGUCAAAUCAUGAUUUUAUAUAAAUGUUCAUGAAAAUAUUGUAAUAAUUCAUGUAUGAAAUUUAAGUUCCAUACUUUCCUAAAUAAUUAUGAAUUUUAUCCACCACUAUAUGAAGUACAGACAAGUAUUUUGGUGGGAUAGAAUUGCAAUGUACUAUGCAUGUUUUUGUGAGCCAAAUUUUAUUGCAAUUUUAUGUUUUAUUAAAAUUGAAAUAAAAGUACAUUUUUGUAAGACAUGAAGAUCAUUCCAGUUCAGAACAGUUACAAAUGUCAGGAAUUUUGAAGUUUUGAAAAUCAAAUUCCGGUCUGAACACCGUGUAAGUUUCAUGCAUGUGGCACUCAUGCUAUAGGCUCAUGUUAUUAUGAAUUUUUCUACUUUGUUAAUUCUGGUCCUGGUGCACGUUAAAAAAACGUCCCAAAUAUGCUACAUAUCAUGUAAGGGGAGAGAGUGUGUGUGAGCGAGUUCUAUUUUUUUAUUAAACACUUUUUGUACAGUAUGGAGGUACAGUUGUGUGCUGUUUUGUAUGAGGCUGCUUGUAAAGUGUCAAAUCAAAACUCAGAUGACCUCUAUAAGGUGUGUUUUACAAGUUGUCAUAAUUUAAAAGCUCCGUCCAAUUAUGUGAGAAAUCAUUUUAUUAUUAAUAUGGAUGUAUUUGAACACAUAUCGACCCAAAUAUCUAAUUGCUUAUCCAGUUUCUGUUAUUUCAUUCUUUAUUUUACGCAAUUUUUAUUUUAUUUUUUUAUU